AAGCUCCCCAGACCAAAAGUCACCACUCCAGGAGUCACCAAGUGCUCCCACGUCCACGGCAGUCCUGGAGGACUGGGUGCCCCCAUCAUGGUCCAGCCACAAGCCCAGAAAGCAGGAGGCUCCCAGAGCUGAGUGGCCCCUGAUUGAAACGUCUGGAAAGCACAGCAGAGGAAUCAGAAAAAGACGCCAGCACCAGGAGAGAAAGAGGCCCUGCCCCACAAUGUCAUGGAGAAACGAGGAUUUGCACGAAGAAUUCGUAGAGCUGCUGCUUCUCCAUCAAUCUCACCACAGACUCCAGGAGUCCCAGAGCAAGGGGAGCUGGCAUCACAGCAGGGUGGAGAAGCGAGGUCGGUUGAUUGAGGUCAAAGACUUAUUUGGCCCAGGCCUGGGUGCUCAGGAAGAAAGUCGAACAGUUGUACUGCACGGAGUUGCUGGGGUCGGGAAGUCGGUGGUGGCCAGGCAGGUGAGGAGGGCCUGGGAGGAAGGCAGGCUCUACAGGAACCGUUUCCAACACGUCUUCUACUUCAGCUGCAGACAGCUGGCCCGGUCCAAGACGAUGAGUCUCAAGGAGCUCAUCGAAAAGGACUGGGCCGCCCCCACGGCUCCCAGCGAGCAGAUCCUGUCUCAGCCCGGACAGCUGCUGCUCAUCCUCGAUGGUUUGGAUGAGCUAAACUGGGUCUUGGGGAAGGAGACGUCGGAGGUAUAUCUGUACUGGGACCAGCCGCAGCUGGUAAAGACACUGCUGGGCGGGUUGCUGAGGAAAACCAUCCUCCCCGGGGCAUCUCUGCUGAUCACAGCGCGGACCACAGCUCUGCAACUGUUCAUUCUCUCUGUUGAGCAGCCACGGUGGGUGAAGGUCCUGGGGUUCUCCAAGUCCGGCCGGAAGGAAUAUUUCUACAAAUAUUUCAAGAGUGAAAGCAAAGCAUACAGAGCCUUUUGCGCGGUUGAGUUAAACCAACCACUGUUGACGAUGUGUCUCGUGCCCUUUGUGUCCUGGCUGGUCUGCACUUGCAUGAAGAAGAAGUUGGAACAGGGAGAGUCACUCUCACUGCCCUCCCAGACCACCACUGCCCUCUGUCUGCACUACCUUGCCCAGGCUCUGCCGGCCCAGCCUCUUGGGACUCAGCUGAGGGGCCUCUGCUCUCUGGCUGCCAAGGGCGUCAGGCAGGGAGAGAGCUUGCUCGUUUGGGAGGAUCUCAGGAAGCAUGAGCUAGAGGAGGCCACUGUCUCUGCCCUCUUAGAGAUGGGCAUUCUUCGGAAGCAUCCCUCCUCCCCAGACUACGACUUUGCUCACCAGUACCUCCAAGAGUUCUUUGCAGCCGUGUCCUGCGUGCUGGGGAGUGAGGACAAGGAGUGCCAUCCCUCCGACAGUAUCCGAGGGCUGGAAGACCUGCUAAAGGCGUAUGGGGGCCUUGCCCCAUUUGGGGCACCAACCACAUGUUUCAUCCUGGGACUUCUGAGCGAGCAGGUGCAGUGGGAGAUGGAGGCCGUCUUCCAGGGCAAGGUGCCUGUGGAGAGGAAACGGAGACUGUUGUGCUGGGCCGAGGAGGCAGUCAGGAACCAGCUCCCCAUUCUGCGGCAGGGCUCCCUGCCGAUGCUGCACUGUUUGUACGAGAUUCAGGACAAGGACUUCCUGACACGCAUGAUGGCCCCCUUCCACGGGGCGAGUGUGCGCGUCCACACCGGCCUGGAGCUCCUGGUGUUCAUGUUCUGCAUUAAAUUCUGCGCCGUGAAGGAGCUUCGACUGAAAGAGCGUGGACAGCACGGACACACGGGGAGCCCCCUCCAUGUGGCUCUGCUCAGCGGGGUCCUGGUCACAGAUGUCUGCUGGGAGGUUCUCUUUUUCACUCUCCAGACCACUGGAAACCUGAAGGAGCUGGACCUAAGUGGAAACUGCCUGAGCAAAAUGGCAAUAUGGAGUCUCUGCGAGGCCCUGAGGUUCCCUUGCUGCCAUCUGGAAACCCUGCGGCUGGUCGGCUGCGGCCUCACGUCCAGCUGCUGCUGGGCCCUGGCCUCGGCGCUCAGCACCAGCCCCAGCCUGACGGAGCUGGACCUGCAGCAGAACAAGCUGGAGGACGCCGGCGUGCGGCUGCUCUGCGAAGGCCUAAGGCAUCCGACCUGCCAGCUCAGGCUCCUGUGGCUGGACCAGACCCGGCUGAGUGAGGAGGUGACCCAGAUGCUCCGAGCCCUGGAGGACGAGAAGCCGCAGCUGCUCAUCCGCAGCAGACAGAAGCCGAGUGAGACAAUGCCUAACGAGGGCCCAAACGAGACGAUGCCUAACGAGGGCCCACACGAGGGAGAAACGAGCGGCACGUCCUCACUCCAGCAGGACAGACGAGAGUCAGAGGGACUCUCCCCUCAAGUCGCCCAGGAGGGACUCGCCAGUCUGCCUUCUCCUGCCCCUCCAGAGGACCUGCUCACAGGGCCUCUGGGGACUGAGGAUGACUUCUGGGGCCCCCUGGGGCCUGUGGCCAUCGAGGUGGUUGACAAAGACAGAAGCCUGCACCGAGUUCACUUGCCCAUGGCUGGCUCCUACCGCUGGCCCAGCACAGGUCUCCGUUUCGUGGUGAGAGAGCCUGCGACCAUCGACAUUGAAUUCUGUGCCUCAGACAAGUUCCUGCACGAGAUGGCCUGGGAUCAGAGCUGGAUGGUGGCCGGGCCUCUGUUUAACAUCAAGGUCAAGCCAGGGGCCGUGGCGACUAUGUACCUCCCCCACUUCGUGGACCUCCGAGGGGGCUUCGUGGACACCUCCCUGUUCCAGGUGGCCCACUUUAAAGAGCCGGGGAUGCUCCUGGAGAAGCCUACCAGGGUGGAGCUGUACCACGUGGUCCUGGAGGACCCCAGCUUCUCGCCCAUAGGAGUGUUUCUGCGGACCAUCCACGCUGCCCUGCGUUUCCUUCCUGUCACCUCCGUGGUGCUGCUCUACCACCACACGCGCCUGGACGAGACUGUCUUCCACCUCUACCUGAUCCCCAGCGACUGCUGUGUUCGGAAGGCCAUCGAUGACGAAGAGAAGGCGUUCCAGUUCGUGCAGAUCCGCAAGCCGCCUCCACUGGCCUCGCUCUACCUGGGCUCCCGAUACGCUGUGUCCAGCUCGGAGACGCUAGAAGCAAUCCCCAAGGAGCUGGAGCUCUGCUACCGCAGCCCCGGACAACCCCAGCUCUACUCUGAGUUCUACAUUGGAGACUUGGGGUCAGGUCUCAGGCUGCAGCUGAAAGAGGAAAGUGGCGCUGUGGUGUGGGAAGCCUUGGUGAAACCAGGGGACCUCCAGCUCGCGUCUUCUCUGGUCCCCCCAGCCCCCACAGCCUCGCCCGCGCCCCCCGGCGCCCCGGCCUCGCUGCACUUUCUGGACCGACAUCGGGAGCAGCUGGUGGCUCGAGUGACAACGGUGGACCCCGUGCUUGACAAGCUGCUGGGGCCGGUGCUGAGUGAGGAGCAGUAUGAUCGGGUGCGCGCCAAGGCCACGGCCGCCAACCAGAUGCGGGAGCUGUUCAGGUUCAGCAGGUCCUGGGACCUGGCCUGCAAGGAUCAGGUCUACCAAGCUCUGAAGGAGACCCACCCUUACCUCAUCAUGGAGCUCUGGGAGACAUGGGGUGGUGACAGAGAGUGCGGCGCCUCCCCACUGGCCCAGUAGCUCCGACCCAG